AUGGCUGCACCCAAAAAGAGACGAACCAUUGAGGUCAAUCGCACAAGGAGGAGAGCUGACAGCAAACUCUUGAAACUCAAGACCAAUAUUGAGCCAUGUCCAGAAUGUGGCCAUCUGAAACAGAAACAUAUACUUUUCCGGUUGACCGAGGACCAUAUCAACACAAGACAGGUUGUUGAUGUAAAUGAAGAUCUGGACGCUAGCAAGAGGCAACUGACUACUCAGUAG